UAUCGUGAGAUUUGGCAACACCUUCUUACAUGUGUGAUGUAUGAUGAUGUGUCAGAGAAAGUAAGUCGACGACUUACCUACAAAUUAAAGAUUAAAACAAAUCAAGCAAGCAGCAUACAUCUUGGCUAGAGAGAAAUGGCGAUACCUGAGGAAGUUGCACUUCUCGAAGACUUCGUUAGCGACUCCGUAAGCUAUCGGGGAAUUCCUGCCGGCAAGUCUUCCACCGGAGGAUGGAGAUCCGCCUGGUUCAUUAUAGGUGUGGAGGUUGCAGAGAGGUUCGCUUACGUUGGGAUAUCUUGCAAUUUGAUUUCUUACCUGACCGGACCUCUCGGACAAUCGACGGCGACCGCUGCCGUGAACGUGAACACGUGGUCGGGAACCGCCUCGACGCUUCCUGUUUUAGGAGCUUUCGUAGCAGACGCUUAUCUCGGUCGUUACCGGACAAUACUCGUAGCUUCCCUCAUCUACGUACUGGUUGGGCAAGGCGGACACAAGCCGUGUGUUCAAGCGUUUGGUGCGGAUCAAUUCGACUCGGAAGAUCCCAAAGAAAGAAUAGCCAGAGGAUCGUUUUUCAACUGGUGGUUCUUGAGUUUAUCCGCGGGAAUAGCCUUGUCGAUUAUUGUAAUGGUGUAUGUUCAAAGCAACGUUAACUGGGCGUUUGGGUUUGGGAUUCCUUGUUUGUUCAUGGUUAUGGCUCUUGCUAUCUUCUUGCUCGGUAGAACAACUUACAGGUACCCAAAGGGAAAUCCACAAGAGAGUAACGCAUUUGCGAGAAUCGGUAGGGUUUUCGUAACUGCCUACAAGACCCGGAGACUGGAUAUGGACCAAGGUCAACUUGAGGAUGGUCCGUCUAAGAUAUGUGAAAGUCGGCUCGAAUUCCUAGCGAAAGCGAUGCUCUCUGGAGGAGGAGAAGAAGAAGGUGGAGAGCCAUGUAGUGGCAGGGACGUGGAAGACGCUGAGGCUUUGGUUAGGCUUAUACCGGUAUGGGUCACUACGAUGGUGAGCAUGGUUCCCUACGCUCAAUACUAUACUUUCUUCACCAAGCAAGGCGUUACCGUCGACAGAAAAAUCUUGCUGGGCUUGGAAAUCCCUCCGGCUUCUUUAUUGUCAUUAAUCGCUAUAUCGGUUCUCGUCUCGGUUCCCAUCUAUGAGCGUGUGUUCCUUCCAAUAGCCAGAUUGAUUACCAAAAAUCCCUUUGGGGUCACAAUGUUCCAGAGAAUAGGAGCCGGUAUGGUGCUCUCGAGCCUCAACAUGGUGCUCGCAGCAUUGGUGGAAGCCAAAAGGUUGAGAAUCGUCGAGGAACACGGGCUCAUAGAUAAACCGGAGGUAACCGUUCCAAUGUCAAUAUGGUGGUUCGUGCCUCAGUAUUUGUUACUCGGGAUGAUCGACGUGUUCUCUCUGGUAGGUGCACAAGAGUUCUUCUACGACCAGGUCCCGACCGAGCUGAGAAGUAUCGGUCUCGCGUUUUCUUUGAGCGCGAUGGGUCUUUCCAACUUCUUGAGCGGUCUUCUCAUCACGGUGAUUGAUUGGUAUACCGGAAGAAAUGGCGGGAACAGCUGGUUCAACACGAACCUGAACCGAGCUCAUGUCGAUUACUUUUACUGGUUGCUCGCAGCAUUCACCGCCGUUGCCUUCUUGGCGUUCUUGUUCAUUUCCAAGUUGUAUGUGUAUCGUCGGGUAAACCAAGACUAAGAAUUCAAAAUAAAAAACAACUUGAUCUGUUGACUUUUUCAUAUCAUUUUUGCUUUUUCC